AUGUCUGACAUGCUGAAACGCAACGCCCAGAGAGUUCAUUGUCUAGAGAGGGCUGCUGUCACGGUGGGCCAAUCCCCUCAUUCUUGGACCAUCGUCAACAUGGCAGACGUGGAUAUCAUCGUGAACAAGUUUUUGACACUUUGGAGGAUACCGUUUGUCCGUCUUAAAUUGCCGUGGAUUUUCUUGGGUAUUUCAAUAGUGGGAUCCUUUGUCAAGACGACACAGCUCGUUCCGGAGACAUAUUUUAGCAACAGCAGAAAUGUUCUCAAUAUGUAAGUAGAAUGACCUACCGGUUAGCAAACUAUCCACAAUGACAACUUGAUUUAGCUAGUAGAAAGCUCGCUAGCUAGCUAGGUAACGUUAGCUUGCGAAGUGGCAAACCCUUGCGAGCACAGCCACGACUAGUAGGGCCAAACGUCAGUGUUAUUCAGUUAACCAGGCAAGUAAGCUAGCUAACAAAUCCCCAGUUCUUCUUUCGUAUUUAUUUACAAUACAAGGAGAAGCAACAUAGGGAUUAACUAGCUAGCUACAACCACUUACCAAAUUCCUCUUAGGCUAGACAUUUGUUACCAGUGGCGAUUUUACCAUGUCAGUCUUGGUGGGAAAAACAAAAGUGGGAUGCAUGCCAACAAAGCCACUAAACAAUACAUUAAUUGCACUAUAAAGGUGACAAACUGUGCCCACAAACUGUUAGGGCCUACAUAAAGCUGUCCCAACAGUUUACCACUGCUACACCUGGCUAUCAGCAGAGCCUUGUCUGGCAGCGAAACAGUUAAUUCAGCCUCAUUUACUGCCUUUUAAAAAAACAUCGCUGAUAUGGCUGACUUGUUUCAACAAAUGUGGUUUCUACUGACAAUUGAGAUGUACAAAAUAUGGCAUAAGGAGACGACAAGCAGAUAAGAGGCAAUCUGUAAUUUCGAUUAAUACAUUGAGUGAGCUAGGACGGAUGUAGUCAACAACUAUUUUUUCAGCACUUUUGAAAUGUACAGCGACAGAAUUCAGAACAUGGGCCGUUCCUACAGUGUUCUCCCUGUACACCAAGUCAGAACCGUAGGAUAAAUAAAGGGGGCAUAUAAGCAGACAAUGAAAGCUCUUACAAUAUUCAAUGUUUACAUUUCUCUAAAACAGGUUAUCGGCUACAUAUGCACCACCAAGUCAGAACAGUAGGCAAAAUUAAGAGGGGAAAAUAGACCAAAUUAUUAGGGUGAAGCACAUGGGCUCCUAACAGCUUACUACACAACAUACACUUAGCAUUACUUUCUUAGCUACAGUCUACAUAUCUCCCUGGCAUAUUACAUAAUUUAUGCAGCAGCAUACAAUACAUUUUUGGACACACCUUGUUGUGCUUCGUGGGCAAAUGUUGUCAUCAAAGUCUGGCAUUCUCUGGAUUUAUGGUGCUUUCAAGACAACUGGGAACUCUGGAAAAAAAACAAGGUCGAAUCAUGAUGACGUCAGUGAUCUUCAGGUUGUAGUUCUAGAAAGAGGUCAGAGUUCCCGAUUUACAAUUCCGAGUUGGAUGACCGUUCAAAACUUAUUUUCCCAGUCAGAGCUAGUUUUUCCCUAGUUGUCUUAAACUCACUGAAGUCAGAUUUCGCAGUUCCGAGUUAACAGUUGUUUUGAGCGCGGCACAAAUCAUGCUUCAUUGACAGCAUGGCCAAUGUUGAAUGUUUAUCAUUUUAAGUUUGGAAAAGAGACCGUUAAUCCCAUACUUUGGACCACACAGCGACUUCACUGAAAAGAAGGCUAGUGAUUGCUUUGCAAUGCUUGCAGUUAGCCACUGAUUCCUUCCAAACCACUCAUUGUUGAAUUUGCGAUUUCCAACUUGUUGUGUAAUGUUUAUGUCCAAUGGCCGAUGAGCACCGAUACGUUUUAUCCAUAAUUUCUCUUCAUUAUUUAUCUUCAUUGCCAGUAGAUUGUCGACUUGAUUCAUGAUGACUGCUAGCUAAGAUUUUGAAAGUAUGAUGUUGACAUGAUCAGUCCAAUCAAAGCUACUGUAGAUAUAAUGUGAUUUGACGUCAUUUUAUCUGUGGCCAAUGACCUUGAGCCGCCUUGGAUGGGCACUUCUAAUGUAACUCUAUGGCAGCACCCAAGGGGCUUGAAUUUUCAAGCUCUACCCUUAGACUUGGCGGUGAAGUAGUGUCCCCAUGAGUGACAGAACACUGAGCCAAUCAUGGCGCAACUAGAGAACAUUACCAACACCUACGCUCCGUAUUUUCCGCUGGCUGCCCCACCACCACAGAAAGCACUGAGCUAGGCUAAAACACCUGCAUUUUGGAGCUGCCUUAUUCAAUAAAGCAAAAAAAGAGACCAUGUUUGUAUGCGGCUUUAUUAACUCAAUGAUAUGUUUUUUUUUUACAUUGUUUGCUAACUGAUAUGUGACACGUAUUAAUGCCAAAAUAACAUGCAAAACAGGCAAGACAAAAAAGAAAGAUUUUUAUUUUAUUGUUUAUUUUUGCUAAAAAUGUAUGGUUUGCUCUGCCCCACCUGCCCUGAAUGAAGGGUCGCCACUGUUUGUUACCCCAUUCAUAGACACUAUCUACUUUAGCGCCUAUUGACGAUAGUAUCUAUUGACAUAGGGAAUUUUGUUAAGAGCCCCGAUGCCUGCGCUGAACGUUAACACGCAUCGCUUGCGGUACUGUUUUGGAAACAUAUAUAAGGAACGUAUCUUUCAUAUCAGCGAGAAUUUUAUUUAAAAAAACAAAAGGUUAAUUACUGCACACCUUUUAUAGGGUUAGUGUUCCCACACGGCCAUAGCUAUAUCUGUUACAGCGCUUGUUUACGGAAGACAUAGGCCGCCACCUGUGCUAAUUAGCUAUCUAGCGUUCUGCGAACACCUGUGUGUAAGCUAACUGGGGAGGAAGUGUAGUUUGUCAACUAGAGGCCACAGUGUAUGGAUCUGUGCAAAACUGCUACAGUAAGUGGCUUUUUUAUAAGAACGAUUCUUUCUGGGUUACAUUAAAGAUAAGGGGCAUAUCAGUACAGGUUUAGAAAGCAAUUAUUAUUGACGUUUCUGAACAUUACAACACCACGUCGUAAUUAGGUUUACACGGAGCCAAAUGUGGGCGACUAUAAUGGCUGAAAACCCUACAUACGGAGAAGGGUUUUCGAGAGCUAGACACUUGCCAGUUUGCCUGUGUAGUCUGAUUAUCAACUGUCUGUGCUACAUCUUGCAUGACCACUAUUUCUUACAUGACCACUUCCUAUAUCUAUUUCAGGUAUUUUGUCAAAGUGUCCUGGGGCUGGACCUUACUGCUGUUGACCCCGUUCAUCUUCCUCAUAUCCUACAACAAGAGCUUGACCUUUGCCCUCCGGCGAAUGAGCUCAUUGGUGGUGGCCACAGCCAUUUGGUACACCUUCACUGAGACCUUCUUCUACAUUGAAGAUGCCACAGGUACAUGCCACAUGGAUAAAGUCCCUCAUGAAGAAUUCACCACAAAGUGGAGAUGCAGGAAGGCUGGGGGUCAAUGGGAUGGCUAUGACAUCUCAGGACACUCGUUCAUUCUCUCGUACUCUGCACUCAUCAUUGCUCAAGAAAUGGCACCUAUGCUUGACAAAAAGAUCAAUCGGAACAUUGUCCUUGAUCUGUUAUAUGUGUCUCUUAAUGGAAUAGUAAUCAUCUGGAUAUGGAUGUUUAUGUGUACCUCUGUGUAUUUUCAUGAUUUCUUGCAGAAGGUUCUCGGGACUGUUUUUGGAAUUCUGGCAUGGUUUGUCACAUAUCGGGUAUGGUAUCCAAUGCCCUUAUCGCCUGGUCUUCCACAUCAGUCAGAAAAGCAGAGCUGA